UGCUUCCCCGUCCUUGACCCACCGGCUACCGGUCAAAUAAUAACAACAAACAGAAAAUGGCGGGAAAUGAAAGUAUUUUGAGGUCUGAAAAAGAUGUCACAGAAUUGGCUGAUAUUGCAGGUGUUUUAAGACGUAAAGGAAUGGUGCAAAGCUUAUCUUUUUCUCAACAGUGGAUGAAAGAUGAUUACAAAUUACUAGAACUUUCGAAAGAUUUGAUGAAUGUACUUCAAGCAGGUGAUGUUAUAACCAUUCGUGGAGAUAAUGAUGAUGAGGCUGUUUUGUGUACUUCCAAAAACACAUACGAAUUAAAAGCUGCUGAUACAUCAAAUUCUCUUCUACUGUUUCCUCAAUUAACAACACCCAAGUCCAAGGAUUUCUCAGAAGUGUUCAAAGUGGUGGAUAGAUCAGCUUGCAGCUGCUUCUCAACGUAUUACGAAGCUAGACAAUCGCGACCUAAAACUGAACGUCUGCGACAUCUUCUUGAUGAUAAUGCGUUUUGUAAUCGAGAUGAUGAAUCCGAGAUAGAAAAACAUACAACCGAAGGAUUGUUAUCUCUAAUUCAAGCAAGCGAAGAAGAACUUUCAAAAAGCUUGCGUCACUUUGGAGCUUUACAAAUCGACGGCUUUUGGAGAGUGCUAGAAAUUAACUACCAAGAAAAAGCUUUUUCGCAAAUCUUGGCGUUAGUGGAGGAAGAAAGUUGGGAAUGGAAAAGUAUUCCACUAAAGGCUACUUGUGAUGUGUUACAAGAACUUUAUCCAAAGUUCGUUAUCAAGCAUUGCCUUCAAACAUAUAGUGAUGAGUUUGAGAAUGAUGACAGUGAUGAUAUUUUCUUUUGUUUAAACGAAUUCAAAGUUUGUCAAUAUUAUGCAGAAUAUAUUCUCCGACCAGCUCAAGGAAAGUUUAACUAUAAUGAGUUUAUGGAAGCAUGGGCACAAAGUGUACCAGAUGGAAUGACUGUCAAGGAAGAUUAUUUACUAGGUAUUGCACUAACUGAUUUAAAUAACCAUCCACCUGUUAUCUGGCAUUUUCCUGAAAGAAAUUUACCUCAUGAUCCUAAUGAAAGAUUUAACACACUGUUCAAAACACGAACAAAAUGGUUAGAGAAAGAUAUUGAACCCUACAUCAAGAAUUUAGUCACACCUGGACAGAAACUCAGUGCACUCUACUUAAAAUAUACACGAACUUCUAAAGAUGACCAUGGAAAUAAAAUUUAUAACUCGAAACGUCCUGUUACGUGACCUCGUGACACGUUGCCAUGGUGUUUCCGUGUCUCGAAUCGUGUUUCUCUCACGUAAUAAAGCUUUCAAUUGGUUGCUUGUUCACUAACCCAAAUGUUCGGGUUAUGUGAAUGCAUGAUCUACGAAAAACAAAACGGUUAACAAGAAAAAAGUAACCCGAAAUAAAAACGGAUAAUCGUAUCGUAUGUAUAAUUCAAUGAAAAUAUCCAAAAUACUAUAAAAUGUCGUACAA